AUGAAGUCACCACUCAGCUUAGUCAUAUUCGCUGUCGCUCAGUUGCUAACAACGGCUCUGGCGGCUUCACUCCGAGUACAGAUUCCUGCCUCUAACCUCAUUCCCAAUCCGUACACACUGCCUUCAUCUACUCAUGCUACCUUGACAUCUGGUACCGAGCCUCCUCGGAGAGCCCUUUUACGCCGGGGCGAUUACUUCGAGUUCUCCAAUAUCACCACAGCCGGAUCCUACCUCUUGGAGGUUCACAGUCGAGACUUUGUAUUCGCACCCUACCGCAUCGACCUUACGCCUUCGGCGGAUCGCUCGGAGAGCGUGAUCAGUGGGGCCUGGGAAACAUAUCGUGGAACGAAAUGGGAAGACCGAGGUGUUGCACUCGUCGCAACUCCGACAAAAGAUUUGACUCUGAAUGUCAAAACAGUAUCGGGCAAGAGCUUCUACGAGCAACGCCAAGGUUUCAAUCCAAUGAGUUUAUUGAAGAAUCCCAUGAUUCUGAUGGCUGUGGUGGCUCUCGCAUUCACCUUUGGAAUGCCCAAGCUAAUGGAGAACAUGGACCCGGAAAUGCGAGCGGAGUACGAAGAGAUGCAGAAGAAGAGCCCCAUGAAUAGCGUUACCAAGGCUAUGCAAGGUGGUGGUGUUGGCGGCUCUGCUGAUGGCUUCGAUCUCGCAAGUUACCUCGCCGGAUCUGGACGGUCGACAGGCAGCGAGAAAGCCCCUGACAAUGUGCGUGAACGCAAACGAUGA